AAGGUUCAGAGACGCUGCUGCACUUGCUCUCGGGGGAAGGGGAGGAAGGACAUGGAGGUUUGCUUCCCCAGAGGGCUUCUGGGAUUCCAGCAGGGGGAGAAACAGGGUGACCUCAUUCACUCCUUCAUUCAGCAGUUCUGGCAUAAAGCAUGCUUCCACUGCGAGACCUGCAAGAUGACCCUGAACAUGAAGAACUACAAGGGCUACGAGAAGAAACCCUACUGCAACGCACACUACCCUAAGCAGUCCUUCACCAUGGUGGCCGACACCCCGGAAAAUCUUCGCCUCAAGCAGCAGAGUGAGCUUCAGAGCCAGGUGCGCUACAAGGAGGAGUUUGAGAAGAACAAGGGCAAAGGGUUCAGUGUGGUGGCGGACACCCCCGAGCUCCAGAGAAUCAAGAAGACCCAGGACCAGAUCAGCAACAUAAAGUACCACGAGGAGUUCGAGAAAAGCCGCAUGGGCCCCAGCGGAGCCGGUGAGGGUGUGGAGCCGGACCGCAGGGACGCCCAGGACAGCAGCAGCUACCGGCGGCCCCAGGAGCAGCAGCCACAACCCCACCGCACCCCGUCCAGCGCCCCUGUUUACCAGCAGCCGCAGCAGGUCGCGCAGGCCUACAGCAGCUACAAGGAGCCCGCCGCCCCUGGGUCCAUACAGCGCAGCGCCCCCAGUGGGGGUGGGAAGCGGUACCGCGCAGUGUAUGACUACAGCGCUGCCGACGAGGACGAGGUCUCCUUCCAGGACGGGGACACCAUCGUCAACGUGCAGCAGAUUGACGACGGUUGGAUGUACGGCACCGUGGAGCGCACGGGCGACACGGGGAUGCUGCCCGCCAACUACGUGGAGGCCAUCUGAGCCUGGGCCGCCAGCCCCUGCCGCCCGGCACCGUCCGCCCUUCCGUGUCUGUCCUGUAAGACCUGCAACAGCUUGUGUGUCCCCACCCCUCAGCCGCUUUGGCCCCCCGAAGCCCUGUUCUGUCACUGUCGCGGGCUCCCUCUCUGGCCAGUUUCCCCUCAACCGAUUUCUCGGUUUUCUCUGGAUAGAAGAGCGGGGCUGAGACCGCGCUGCCCAAGGCCGCCUCUCCUGCCCUGGGCCCCCUGCCCCUGCCCGCCCCAGGCCCUGUGGGCGACCCCGAGUGGGCUGUCCCCUGCUCACAGCGGGGCUGCUGACAGGCAGGGCCCACCUCGGGGUGACAGGAGAGGAGAAUGCUCUCGGGGGCGCACCUGCGCCCCCAUAUGUCCACUGCCUUCUCCCCGAGUUCGCUCGCUGCCCUGGGAGAGCGCAUGGGCAAAGCGUUCUGGGUAGGUUUCAGGGGGAGCUGUUCUGCCUGUCCCCACUCCUCGGGGUGCACCUUGUGGGCCUGGAGCCAGCAGGAACCUUGGUGUCUCCCGGACCAGUGAGUCGGGGUGGGGCGGGGCGUGUGGCCACUGCAGGAGCACGUUGUGACCCUGUUCUCGCUGCUGCCUCCCCCCAGCCUGUGAGCAGCGCCCCUGUGUGGGCCCUGAGCAGGGAGGAGGGUAUUCUGGCCACAGUGUCCUCUUCCUGGCCCCCAAAGGACCUGAGUCACCCAUGCUGGCGGUGCUUUGGACCAAGCCCUCCCCGCAACCUCCUGUGUAGCAAGGUGGGGCCCAAGGCUCUGGAAAUGGAAGCAGAUUUCGGGGAGAGGCAGGAAGAUGGUGCUAUGCCCAGGCUCCUCCUCUGAGCCUGGGCCCGGACCAACGCAGCCUGGCGUCAUUCAUCUCUGAUCUCCUGUCCCUCCCCUGGGUCUCCUCCCAUCCCCGUCCCGAGUCAGACCACAGCUGGCCCUGUGUGCUGGGGAUCCAACCCAGGCCCCCCACUUGCCGAGCCCCCCCAGCCCCAUCUGAGGGUGUGGGAAGACGCCCCAGGAGGGCUGGAGGGAAUAUGACGGGCGGUGCCCCUGCCUGACCAGGCCCCUUUCCUCUCCGGCCCCAGCCCGGGUGAGGGAGGGUGGUGUCCUCAGGGGAGCAAGGGGCUCUGGGGGAGCUGCCUCAGGAGCCCCUCGGGAGGCGCUGGUUCAAAGCACAAUGUGGAUCUGAGGACCGGAGGCUGGGUGUCCUUCCUCGGAGACCUGCGGCUGGGAGGAGGGGCCACCUCUCCCUGAGGGACCAGAGGGGCUGCAGCAUCCAAAUUCCCCUUCGAAUGGAGGGCCUGCCACACUGGUGCUGAGGCCAGAGGGCCGUGCCCCGAGCCAGGACCCCAGCACAGACCCUCCCGUCGGGCAGACCUGGCUGCUCCCAGGACAGAAGAGGCCUGAGCUAGAAUGUGACCAUGACUUUGGGGACCAAUCCCAUGGGUGACAACUGUGAGCUCCUCAACCCCGCUUCCCGAUUCCCCCCUCAUAUCCCUCCAGGGAAGACUCCUUUAUUUUUAUUGCUUCAUUUCUGCCUUUUUACUUUCACAUAAUGCACUUUUGGGCCAUUUUGUUUAAUAGCUGGAAAAAAAAAAGACCCCCCCCCACGAUGCUGUAUUUAAAAAGAAACAAGCGACCCUGUGGGGUUGACCUCUGUCCAAACAUUUCACCGUCUCUGUGUGUGUGAAGCUCCCGAUCACCCUUUUUUAGGGGGCCGUCGUCCUUCUGGUCUGUUUGACCCCCUCCUUCGUGGGCUUGCGUUCCGAAUCAGACCUUUCGGGCCUGUUACGAUUUUGAACACUUGACUUGAACCACAAGUGAAUCUUUCUCCUGGUGACUCAAAUAAAAGUAUAAUUUUUACCUGCA